CUCCGCUCCCCAUGACGAUUUAGCAAGGUCGUGCGAGGCCGUUCCGGACUGCACUUGCUUUAUAUCGGAUUCAGACGAAGCCUCACACUGACCCAGUUACAAACAUGGUUCCCGCUCCGGUAUCUGCUUUGGCGCAAAGCGAGUCGAAAACAAGACUCUUCCAACGGUUGCACUUGUGUGAAGAUGAUCGAGCCCACAAGGAGCUCUAUAGUCUAAUGAAGAGGGAAGCUGUGGCGGGUAGGAAACGGCUCAUUGAAAAGGAGAGCGCAGGGUCACCCAUCAACGAGACAGCAACGCACGCUGAGAUCUUACGUAUCUACAAGCUCGCAAGCCCAGAGACUCGGACCAUUUACGACCUCGGAAAAGAUACAGAUGGACCGGAGGAGGAGAAUUGGGUGAUCCGGUGGCUACUGUGGCAUUCCUUUCGAUACCGAGACCAACGCAACAAUCGCAUUCGAGGCGGCAACACAGCUCCUGGCAAUCAGGCGAAUGACGAUGAUGAGUCGAGCGGCGCAUGCAGCAGUGCACAGUCAGUGACUCCAGACCAGGAGCAGGAUAGCAAUGGCUCCGAGAAUGCAUCCGCGCGCCGGAACGAGUACUGGGACCCGGUGCGCAACCAAUGGGUGUCACGGUCACCGUAGCUCUGCCUAUGGAACUGGAUGGAAGGCUCGGAUGGCGACGAUUACCGAUCGAGACGCACAUGCCCCCAGUCUACACGCCUGCACCACUGUCGUAUUGAGCGUGACGAAGGCUUGGGUAAACACAUCCAUUGCUGCCUGCGCGACGGCUGCUGAAGGGCAUUGCACAGAUUGGGGCAUUGCGAAGGGGCUAUGCUCGGCUAGGAGACACUGCAGCGAGGCUGCAAGCAGAAUGAUGCCAGUAUUAUGAUAUUUGUUGCUAAUCGAGUAAUUGCAACGCAGCCAGGAUGGCGGUGACGGCUCUUCGGUCGGCUCUUCGGUCGGUUCGGUCUGGGUGAUGGCUGCGGUAGCAAUGUGACAGCUGCUGCUCUGCGCACGUCCCUAGCGCCGGUGGACAUGGCUAGCUUCUGAAGUGCAUAGGCGAUGUUUCCCAUGUGUGCUUGUGCCUCUCUCGAACUCCCCCCGGAAUGCAGGCGUCGCAUUCGCACAGCUGUCGCCGU